UUCCACAUCGCAUCACAUCCCUGAGCAUACAUGGCGUCCUCCUCCUCCUCCUACUCCUCCUCCUCCUCCUCCUCCUCCUCCUCCUCCUCCUCCUCCUCAUCACACACCGAAGCCAUGAAUGUAGUGAGCAGGCUGACGGGGUAGCCGCCAAUUUUUUUUCUCUUUUUUUUUUCCUCUUCUCCUCCAUCAUUCUCUGCGUCGGUGUGCAGCAGCAGCAGCAGCAGCAGCGAGGAAGGAGAAGAAGAUACAGCAGCGCACAUUACUACAGUAGGUAUCAUCUUUUUUUUUUUUUUUUGCAGGAUCGAGACGAUGGAUGUGAGAUCUACUGCUGCAAACACGGCUCGGGCUGUUUUUUUAUUUUAUUUUUUGAUGUAUUCCAAGCGCAUCUUCCGUCAUGUUGCAAGGCGUCUUUAAAGAAGAUCUCCGAGAGGAAAUGAGAAGAAAGCUCUAUUUUGACUCACGCCUGUCGAGAUGGAGGCAUCAUUAGGAAGACCUGUACAUUCGAGAUCAAACACACCUCAUUAGAUCAUUAGGGGUCAUUAUUAUUCUGCUUAAGAGCAAAGAAUCGUCUCUUAGCGGUGAACUGCGAGGUUUUUUCUAUGAGCCCAGAAUCACAGCGGAGAUUGAUCCAACCGUCGAUCUGAUGUAGGAACUGUUCCCUCCGAUUCCCUCAGCCUUCACUCUUGCUUGGAUUUCAGCAUUCAGUCAAAUCCACAAGGACAGAGUAUGUCAUCUGCACCUUUCCACAGAAUCCUACGACCCCUUCUGCUCGGCACUUUCAUCCUGGGAUGCUUUGUGACUCUGUUUUUGAUGUAUUUUAAACCAUCUACCAGCUGGUUAUCUGGUCCCGUAGAGUCGACAGUAUCCACAGACCGGGUCAAGAACCUUUUCUCCACCAAGAGCGACAAAAACGUCACCACAGUGCUCAUCUGGCUCUGGCCCUUCGGACAAACCUACGACCUGAGCGUCUGCAGCUCCCUCUUCAACAUCGAGGGUUGCUUCAUCACUGCGGACAGAAACCUCUACAACAAGUCAGAUGGGGUCGUCAUCCAUCACCGAGACAUCUGCACCGACCUGUCAAACCUGCCGCCGCUCCAGCGUCCGUCUUUCCAGAAGUGGAUAUGGAUGAACUUGGAGUCGCCGUCGCACUCGUCCCAGCUUCCCGGGAUAGAGAACUUAUUCAAUCUGACUCUGAAUUACCGUCAGGAUGCUGACAUUGAAGUGCCUUAUGGGUCCAUCGUAGCAGCAGAGGGCGAGGAGGACUUUGUGCCACCCAGCAAAAACAAGCUGAUCUGCUGGAUCGUGAGCAACUGGAACCAGGACCACGUGCGGGUAAAAUACUAUAAUGAGCUGUACAAACACAUUGAAGUUCACGCGUAUGGACAAGCCUUCGGGGAGUACAUCUCUGACCAAGACUACUUCCCCACCAUCGCCAGCUGUAAGUUCUACCUGGCUUUUGAGAACUCCAUCCACAAGGACUAUAUCACUGAGAAACUGUACAACCCUCUCUCUGUCGGGACAGUGCCAGUAGUUCUCGGCCCGCCCAGGCAGAACUACGAGAACUUUAUCCAGGGAGACGCCUUCAUCCACGUGGACGACUUCACCUCGCCCAAGGAGCUGGCCGAUUACCUGCUGCUCCUGGACAAGAACGAGGAAAUGUACCUCAGGUACUUUGAGUGGCGGCGACACUUUAAAGUAAAGAAGGCCUAUUUCUGGGCAGAGCACACAUGCCUGGCAUGUGAUUACCUGCGUAGGCACAAGGAGUACAAAGCAUUCAAUAACCUUGACAAGUGGUACUGGGGCGGAUAGUGCUUUGAAGGGCUAUGCAGUGUUUGUUAUGUCGUUGGAAGCAGUGCUUUAAGAUUUUUGUCCUUCGGUUAACUUGAAGGUUCAUUACUGUUCUGUCCAGAGCAGCCAAAUGGUGUUUUUCUAUUGGUUCAGUGGCCCAACUGAACUGGACUGAGUCGUCCAGCUUUUGUUUUCUUUUGCUCUUUAUUUGCAAGUGAAUUUUUGCUAAGCCUUAAUUUGCCUUUUUAAGUUACUCAUUUAUUAUUUUUAUUUAUUUUUUUAUUAAUUACAGAUGCACUACAUUUCUUAUUGUUAUUUCAACCCGUGUGUUGCUUAACAUGACCACAUUUGCUGCUAUUUUUACGUUUCGGUUCUAUUAUUAGUACGAUUGCUUAACUGUAUGAAUGUUCCUGUAUGACGGAUAACAUUCAUGAUCCAAGGUUGCGUUUUUUUCUUUGAAUAUCACCUUUUCAUGAAGUGGCACACGGUAUGCAUCGGGGAAAGUGUUGGCUCGAGAAGGAGACUGAUGUAUAAGUGAAAAUAUUUAUGUAAUAUUUAUUCAAGUGAGGCAUUACACGGUAAAACAAUCUCAUCUGUGCUAGUGAUGCAGUCACCUAUGCAGUGUUUACUGAACUCAAAUGUGAAAGUAGUUCAACAGCAUCAUGUACAUAUUGUGUAUUUUUGGGAUUAUGUAGCUGUCAUUUACUUUUUUCAUAUUUUUAUAGGUUUGCAUUUACUGCUGAUCCAACUGGUACCUAUCUUCACAUAUGUACAGUAACACAGACGGUCAUCGUGUGACAGAGUUGCAGAUGGCACAUGCUGAUCUUUACCACCAUGGUAGUCCUCCGACAGCAGAUUCCGCUCUGUGAGAGGGAAGCUGCUAUUUAAUCAUGUUGUGAAUUGUUCAUUGUCACAGACAGUGCAUUUUGAUCCCAUGUAGAUGAUGAUAGUACAGUACAGAGCUGUUGUAUUGCAAUAUGAGACUCCCACACACCUCAUUAUGUUGCAUUUUGAUUUAAAAAGUCUGCAAUUUUGUCUGACUACAGUGUCAAGAAGGAGCACAAAAUUAACACACAAGUGAAUCAUUGGAUUAAUCUACUUUUCUGUGUACUGUACUCUCAUUCCAUAAUGUGACCUUAACCACUGACACUGAUAUUUCUUUCAACUUUUUGCACCAGAUGUUAUCAUAAAUGUAAAAGAUAUGAAAGGUUUAUGCUAAUCACAAGACUAUCCAUAUUUCUGUCUGGGAUUCAUGACACCACUGUGCUGUUUGGAAGUUAAGCAUUUGCAUGUGAAAGAUGUGUUUCUAGACAAUUUUUUUGUUUCCAUUCCUGUUUACAGCACUGCAAAACACACUCGGGAUCACGCUACAACACCAGACAGCUCAAUAUCUGUAGAUUUCGCGUCAUUUUUACAUGUCGUAUGAACAGCUAAUCCACUGAACAAUGCAUUUUAACAGCACUCAGCAGCUACUGACAUGACGAUUACGUUUUUUACAGAAAGUACUGUGCAAAACCAUGUCAACAUUUUAUGCAAGAUGAGCCGGCGGCUACUUGGUCAAAGUCUCAAACAUGAUGUAGGUUAUCAUUUUGAUAUUUCUUCACUGUCAAAGGGACCAUUGAUGUAAAUUAGGAUGAAUUCAAUUAUUUUUCUUAUGGAGUAUGGUUCCAAAUGCCAUAGUGAAACCUGUGUAUAAACCUUGUAGUGAACUGAAGCAUCAGUCGGAUCAAACCAGCCCACUAACACAGAUCAUUCCUGUAUGUGCAGCAGACCAAGGGAGCUUCAGUGGGUGUUUGCAUUCAUGGGGAAAAGAAACAAUGUGUUGUAUAUAUUUUUAAUGUUCAGAUCUCUUUAUAACAUGCAAGUGUUGUCGGGAAGUGAAUGUGACUUUGCUGUACCUUCGUCAGUAACGCCUGGUGCUUGGAGAGGCUGUGAAUCAAGGUGAAAGGAGAGAGACACUUGAAAAGGAUAAAUGACGUCAGAGACAAUGCUUUCAGUGUUGUGAGGUGGAUGUUUUCAUCAGGGGAGGCAAUUUUACAUUCAAGAAGUUAUUUUUUUCUAUUUGUAUUUGGUGGUAAUCCUGUUGGCAUGACCUAAUUGAAAAAGUUGUGCCAAAAUGCAGCAGAGAUAUAGCACUUUUAUUCAUGUGGAGUUGUGUGACUCACUGUGCUGGUCUUAGAUGAGGCUAUUGUGAGUUCAGAAAAACUGUCAUCCAAGACCUCGGCCUCUCCUGCAGAUUAACUAUGAAACUGCCACUCAUGGUUUCAUACUGUACAGUCCAAUCUCAUGUGAAAACAAAGCUUUCUUUGUCCAAUGUGGUUGGUGACUUUAAGAAACAAAAGCUAAUAUUUUUGUUUUUUAUUUUCUGCGUGUUGUCUGUCUCUUUCAUCCUCUUUCUCUCUCUUUUUUGCACAAAAACAAACACAAGGAGCUGUAGCUUCUCCGUCCUCUCCUCCUCUGAGUCUGUGAAUGUGUCACAGCACUAGAGAGUGAAUCAGGAUGUCUCUGGAUACUGAAUGACCUGGCACUGAUUUCGCUGGUGUCCUUAAAAAACACUGAGUGGGAUGAAAUCUACGUGUGUGGUUUCUCCAAAAUUCUCACUUUUAUUUAUUUUUUCUUUCUGCCAGUGCACUGAAGUAAUCAGUGAGUCAAUCAGUACAAGUUUUUUGCCAAAUCAUUGUAUUUUGCCAAAUGUUGUGUUUUAACUGUAGAUGUCUGAUAGUGUGAAAAAGAAAAAUAAAGAUAUGGACUAAUGAGCAAACGUGA